AAAUUCAGUCGACUGGUAGCAGCGUCUGGGCACGGUCGCGCCACAUGACGCUCUGAUCGGACUUACGUUACAGUGAAAACACGCUUAUCACUUACGAUACAAAAUUUUGUUACGGACUUUAUUGUACAAAACCAGUUAAAUAGUAUUCAGAAAAUAAUUUUGAAUGCUACUACAGUGAAUAUUGGACGUUUCGUAAAUACUGAUGUGGACAGUUUCUGUGAAAUUUUGUUUACGUUUCGAAGAACGCUAAAACACUGGAUUGUGAAUUGAUAUUGACGCAUCAUGAGCAUUAUCUCAACAAGGACUAUUUGUUAAAUUGAAGCCGAAAUAGUGUUCAUAAAUUGAUGGAUACUACACAUCCGGCAAGGGGACGCAAUACGCGAACGCCGACGGAAAAAACAUGACACUGAGACUAUCGUGUCUUGUUUUCUUUCUUCCCUGAUAUUUGAUUUUCCCCAUCAUGGCUCAACAACAAACUUUUUUAAGAAAUCGUCUUUGCCAAAUCUUGUUUUGGUUCGUCAUUGGCCUGAAUGUGGCUGAUCAAAGCUCCCUGCCACUAAAAUAUGAAGCACCUGAUGACUGCCAGUGGUGGCUGAGAGGUCCCAACGAUGCACACGAGGUUUCCCUCACGUGUAAACUCCGCACAAUAAACAGUGAAUUCGACACCACCAACUUCAGUGUGAUACCUUCAGAACAUACAACAUCGUUAAGAAUAGAGUGUAAUGAAGAAAUGAUGUACAAAAGCUCCCUUGAUGAUCGAAGUUUCGCACAUCUAGUGAAACUACGUGAACUUGUUUUAGAUAACUGUAAAAUUGGAAGAUGGCCGCCUGGCGUACUCUCCGGCUUGAGAGACCUCCGAAAUUUAACGAUUCGAACGAAAAACACGGAGUGGGCCGCUAUGAGUUUAGAGAUAGCAUCAGAAAGCUUUACGGCUGUUCGACAGUUGGAAAAGUUGGAUCUCAGUUUUAAUAACAUCUGGUCAUUUCCCGAAAACUUGUUUUGCCCGUUAACUAAUUUAGUGUAUUUGAAUGUAUCUUCAAACCGUCUACAAGAUGUGAGUGAUUUGGGAUUCAGAGAGCGUGCAAUGCAUCAAGCACUGAUUAGUGAACAGGAUGGGCCUCCUCCCUCGGCGCCUUCUAUGUCACAUGCAACCUGCUCAUUAGAUAUUGAGGUACUAGACGCUUCAAGCAAUCACUUUGUGCUAAUGCCAGAAAACGGAUUUAUGGCUCUACGUAGACUCAAAGAACUGCACAUUCACGAUAACGAAAUAUCAAUGGUGGCUGACAAAGCGUUAUCUGGAUUGAAACAGCUGCAGAUAAUUGAUCUUUCAAACAACAAAAUAGUCGCUCUUCCGCAAGAUCUGUUUAAAGAUAGCAGGCCGGUCAUCAAAGAAAUAUACUUACAAAACAAUUCUAUAAGUGUGCUUUCACCAAGUCUGUUCGCCAACCUAGAUCAACUAUUAGCGUUGGAUUUAUCUAAUAAUCAUUUAACAAGUACUUGGAUUAAUGAGAAUACUUUCACCGGUCUCAUAAGAAUGGUGCUGUUGAAUUUAUCUAAUAACAGAUUAACUAAACUGGAUCCCAAAAUUUUCAAAGAUUUGUACACACUACAAAUUCUGAAUGUUCAACAUAACAUGCUGGAGAGCAUUGCAGCUGAUACGUUUGCACCAAUGAACAAUCUACACACGUUGAUAUUAUCUUACAACAAGAUCUCUCACAUCGAUGCUUAUGCCUUAAAUGGUCUGUAUGUGCUGUCAUUACUAUCUAUUGAUAAUAAUCAUCUCGAAGAACUCCACCCUGAAGCAUUCAGAAAUACAUCCUCCCUACAAGAUUUGAAUUUAAAUGGCAAUCGUUUAAAGAAAGUGCCCAUAGCAUUGAGAAAUAUGCGAUUACUAAGAACUCUUGAUCUGGGAGAGAAUCAGAUAACGUCAUUGGAAGAACCCGGCUUCGUUGGUUUGCAUAACGUGUAUGGCCUUCGUCUUAUCGGAAAUAAAAUUGAAAACAUAAGUAAAGACGUGUUUACAGAUUUACCGUCCCUGCAAAUUUUAAAUCUUGCACGUAAUAAAUUGAAGCACAUCGACACGAAUGCAUUUGAAACACUAUCCACACUACAGGCUAUCCGGUUAGAUGCUAACCAACUAACGAAUAUUCAAGGCCUAUUUGUAAAUAUUCCAUCGCUAUUAUGGUUAAACGUAUCAGACAACCAAAUAGAAUGGUUUGAUUACACUGUCAUUCCUUCGGGACUUCAGUGGUUGGAUCUUCACAGUAAUAAUAUCAAGGAACUGGGAAACAAUUACCGUAUGGACAAGGAACUGCGUUUGCAAACACUAGACGCAAGUUUCAACAAAAUGACAAAAAUAUCAGCUUUCUCAAUUCCCAGCAGUGUGGAGUUGCUGUUUCUGAAUGAUAAUCAAAUUACACAAGUUGAAGCCCAAACUUUUGUUGGAAAAACCAAUUUAACGAGAGUCGAUUUGUAUGCAAAUCAGAUAACUAGUAUGGAUCUCAAUGCGCUUCGACUAACUCCGGUCGAUCCGGGACGACCGCUACCCGAAUUUUAUAUUGGUGGAAACCCGUUUCAGUGCGACUGUACUAUGGAGUGGCUUCAACGCAUAAACAAACUGGACCAUCUUAGACAACAUCCACGUGUCAUGGACUUGGAGAGCAUUUACUGCAAAUUAUUAUACAAUCGUGAAAGGACUUAUAUUCCGCUUAUCGAGGCGGAAUCAUCUCAGUUUUUGUGUACAUAUAAAACUCACUGUUUUACGCUGUGCCAUUGUUGUGAUUUUGACGCUUGUGAUUGUGAAAUGACGUGCCCAUCGAACUGUACGUGUUAUCAUGACCAACCGUGGUCAGCAAAUAUUGUGGACUGUUCUGCUGCUGGGUAUUCAGAAAUACCUAGCAGUAUACCUAUGGACGCUACUGAACUAUAUUUAGACGGUAAUAAUUUUGGUGGUUUAACGAGUCAUGCAUUUAUUGGACGUAAGAACUUAAAAAUAUUAUAUGCUAAUAAUUCUAACAUUGACGCUCUGUAUAAUAAUACGUUUAGUGGACUAAAACGCUUAACAAUAUUGCAUUUAGAAAAGAACAAUAUAAAAGAGUUGCUAGGUUUCGAACUGUCGCCUCUGGAGAAUUUGCGCGAGUUGCAUCUACAAGACAAUAAAAUACAUUACAUCGAUAAUCGUACCUUCAUGGAGUUGAGGCAUUUAGAAGUGUUGCGCUUAGAAGGCAAUAACAUUUACGGCUUCGCGGUGUGGCAGUUCACGAUGAAUCCAUAUUUGGUUGAGAUAAGUCUCUCGCGGAACCUUUGGUCGUGCGAUUGUCAGUACAUGCAUAAAUUUCGCACUUGGUUCAAAAAUAACCUGGGAAAAGUGGAAGAUGCAUUAAAAAUAACGUGUGUAUUUGACAACGUAACGAACGCUGUGGGACCAUUGAUGGCAGAUUUCAACUCGACGAUAUGCACAAGUCACGUAGGGGGAAGCUCAUCCAUAAUCGAGAAUCAAGUAAUUAAUGAUUAUCUCCCUCUGCUGCUAAUAUCACUGUGCGUGUUCAUUAUAAGCUCGGCAUUAAUAUGCGGCGUAUUUUAUUGGCGACGCGAGCUGCGAGUCUGGAUUUACUAUCAUUGUGGAUUUAGAAUGUGCUACAAAAGUACAGCCUUUGAUGAUGAAGCCGACAAAGAUCGUCUCUUUGACGCCUACAUAAGUUAUAGCGUUAAAGAUGAGGCGUUCGUUGCUCAAAUGUUGGCGCCUGGACUAGAAUCCACCGACCCAAGUUUCCGGCUCUGUCUACAUUACCGGGACUUUAAUGCCUCAGCAUACGUAGCGGAUACAAUAAUAGAGGCCGUAGAGUCAUCCAAAAGGACGAUAAUAGUCCUAUCAAAAAAUUUCAUUAACAACGAAUGGUGUCGUUUCGAAUUUAAAACGGCACUCCAUGAAGUACUGAAAGAGAGACGAAGAAGACUGAUAAUAAUAUUGCUAGGCGAGCUUCCGAACAGAGACAUCGACCCGGAGCUCAGGUUGUGUUUGAAAGCGAACACCUGUAUAGAGUGGGGUGAUAGACAAUUUUGGCAAAAGUUAAGGUUCGCGAUGCCGGACUUACGGAAGUGUCAGUAUCACCGGUCGACAGUGAAUAUUUACGCUUCGGUGUCUCCGGUGGGGGCCGGGCGGGCGCCAGCGCCGCCCCCUCCGCCGCCGCCGGGCAAGCUCCCCCCUCUGCUCGGCGACGGGCUGGCCCUGCCGACCAGCGUGCACACGCGCGACGUGCACCCCCACCGCAUGCCGCCGCAAGCGCAGCUCUGGGCGUAGCGUAUGCUCCAACGCAGUGCAUCUUCGGAGCGCACUGCGUACACCUGGCUGCCAGACACCAGGAUCGAGUUCUGCUCGCCGUACAGCCGGCGAAAGAGCUCCAACUCAACUGUCUACGAGAGCGACUGAUGGUACGAGGGCUUCGACCAACUCGAAGAAGCGUUACUUUGAUCAAGGACACUUAAAGUGCCAAACCCCGUACUAUGAAACUCUUGAGUGACUUCGACACCAUCUAAAGUGCUACUCAUUUUUCCAAAUAAAAACUUAUGUUACUAUUAAAAUGUCGUUACGAUUAGAUUUAGUCAUUGUAAAUAGUUAUCGUUUUUAUGUAAAAAUCUUGAAAACAAUUUUUAUGCCAUCCAUUAUGUAAUUAGAUUCAGAGCCAUAAUGUACAUUUUGGGUAAUGAAGCGGAAUAUUGCUUUUUGUUUAGUUCACAAGAUUGUAAAUAAACAACGAAUCAUAAUAUUAGUUUGUAAGUGGAAGUCAUCAAUGUAAAGAUGUGUCACUAGUUUUACGUAAAGUGGUUACAACAAUAUUGUAUAAGAUAACCAUAUGAUUGAUUUUAUGCCAGAUAAGAGUUCUAGAAAGUUCUUGGAAAUCUUUGCGGAGUACGGAAUAUUUUUGCUCAUAAAUUUGCUAAUAUAACCGCGUCUACUUCGACUGUGGCUCGAUGAGAAACCGUGAAAACUUCCUCUUGCUUGCUGAAAAUGAAUAUUUAUGACAGGCAACGAGUAAUGCGCCAUUUAUGGACAAAGUUGGUAUGUUCCAUCUACUUAUCGAACGUAACUGAAUAGCGAAAUUACAAAUACUUGCUAGGAAUUGGUAUCUGUAGCAUAUAGUACGUAAGGGUUAAUUUGGGUGCGAGUGGAAUUGAAUGUAGAUGUUACGUAUUCGCUAUUUGUUUGUUCGAAUCUUUCCUUAUUUUGAAACGUCUAUACCACUUUUGUAUUAAAUGAAUAAUCGCGACGUGUAAGUAUCAUAUUCCUAAGUAACCAUUGUUUUAAGGUCAUAUAAGGCUAUUUAAUUAAAUUCGACUUUGUCAACAAUUUUCUAAUUAUAAACGUCAUAUUAAUUACUAUUAAAUAUUCCUAUAUCUACAAAAUACGAAUUUUCAUAAAUGUAACUAUGUUUUUAAGGUACAAUUUCAUGUAAUAUUUUGAUGUAAGAUGUGACACCAUCGAUUGUUACCCUAGAUAGUAAUUACAAUGUAAGAGUAGAUAGGUAAUUGAGAUUUGCUGUGAUUUAUUUAUUUAUUUUUCUAAGUAAUUUCGUUGUAGUUCUAUUUAUGUUCGCUAUUAUUAAGUAAUUAGGUAUAAAAAGUCAAACAUAAUAAUAUUUAUUUUUAUAAUAAUUAGAAUUCCCAGGUUUCAUAACAUACGAUCCAAUAUAAUAUGAAUUGUACAAAAUAUUUUUUAUUAUGUAAAUAAUAUUCUAAAUUAGUCAUAAAUUUUGGCUUUUAAGAGUCUUGUUUUUUUAAUAAGCCAUAGUGGAAUUUUAUCAUGGAAUGAUAAAAAAUGGAAGUUAUGGAUUUAUGAUUAGGGUAUGGAAAUUGUUGGUUAUGUAAAGAAAAAGGUAUUUAUUUUAUAUUCAGUUGUAUACUUCUAUGAGGAUGUAAACAGCUUCUGUUAUUUCCUUGUUCUUCUAGUCUUCGAAAAUUCCAAAACCUGGGAUUUUUACCUGUAUCCUUCGAACUCUUCUGUACUCAUCCUAUACCAUAACAUGUUUAUUAUAUUUUUAUAUCGAUAGCUGUACUAUAUCUUCUCAAACGAUACUAGCUCUUAAACCUGUCUUAACUAUAUUAUUGUUAUUCUACCUAUAAGUACUGCAUACUCAUCAAUUUAGUUAUAUAUAACGCGACAAAAUCAAUUGGUUUACAGCUAUGACGUCACAAUACACUUGUAUACUAAAAUCAUACUAUAAACUUAAUAAGCCUGAGAAACCUACCCCUUCUUUUAAAAGCCCGGCAACGCGUAGCACCUCUCGUGUUGCAGGUGCUCUAAGGCGGCGCAGAUUGCUUACCAUCAGGUAAUGCAACUGCUCAUUUGCCGUCUUAAAAUAAAACUCUAUGUAAAAUAGAAAUGGUAAUCAAAAGUUCUACAGUGUGAAUGUUUUGUGAAUAAAAUCGUGUGUGCAGUUUGGUUGAAUGGGGCUAUACGGCAUCGUGCCCUGGCCACAAUCCAAAAUGGGGUGAUUCUCCCGGUUAUAAUGUUUGCCGUUCCCGUAUCAUUAUGUGAGCAAGUGUGAAAAUCUAUAUUUGUGCUGUAUACAUUUUGCAAGAAUUGUUUUUUGUUUGUAGUUCACAAAGAAUGUAACUUGAAAUAAAAUUUAUGUUAAAAGUUUGUUAGUGUAGUCUAAAACAAAAAGCGAAUAUUAAGAAUGACAUCUCGGGUGCGAUGCCUCUGCGUCAAGUAAAGGAAUACCUAAUCAAUACCUAAGAAAUUCUCUGCAAUUUAGUUUUGCUACCAAAACACCCUUUAAAAAAUUGCGUGUUUAACGACCGAAUAUUGAAACGCAAUUUAAAGUUGUACUUAAAUAUCGUGCUGUCUCUGACUUUUAUAAAGAAUGCGUAGCAACAGAACUAUUCUUGAGAGCAUUUUAAAAUUGAGUGACGUUUGGGUAUUUAACCAUAAGUAAUUCAGCAGAAGGUUUAGUUUGGUAACUACGCGAGUAAAGUUACAAACAACAGCACACCUUUUUAUUAACAAAACUUAGAAAUUACAUUCACCAGAACAUCUUAAAAAAACAAUAAACACAGAAUUGAUAUUGUCGCAAACUUCUAUAAUAUAUUUUGUACAUAACUACUUAAAGCACAAAUUGUACUGUAACUUAUUAUCAUAUUGUUUUUACUUCUUACUAACUGACUCUGUUCAUUUGUAUCGAAUGAUUUUCGUAAUGAAACGCUGUAUUCAUUGAA